UUUUUUUAGAUAUAUAGAAGAGUCUGCUUGUCACUAUGUCUUGCCUUUAUCUUGAAUAGGGUUACAGUGGUACAGAUCUUUAAAGUAAAUGGACACGUCAAUCAGUGUGACAUCUGUCAACACAGAACAGGAUGAAGGAGAACGUCUUGCUGCCGUUUUCAACUACCAAAAGGCCUACCUGAAACUCAUAGAUGAUCACCUAUGCAUGGCCACACUGAAAGAUUUCGAAGAUCGGCUGGAUCUGCUCAGGAAAAGUAAUUUUUUCAUCACCAUCCUGCCCAAAAAAACAUUUACGGGUUUGGAAUAUGUCAAAACGGAGCUGCUUUUACACCCUCAGAGAUACAAACAUAUGAAAGAAAUGGGUACAGACCAGACCAAGAUGCAGCUGUUUCUCCUAGAGAAAUACUUGGAAGAGAUGAAGGAAAGGCGAUCAGAACUGGUGGAGAUGGUCCAGGCAAAUGAAGGAGAAUUCUCUCUGACAAAGCAGCAGACCCUCAAUCAAGAUCUGUCUGGGCUAGGAAAGUUGGUGAAUGAUUUUCAGAACAUGUCAGUGCGUGGACCACUGCACAUUAAACACCAACUUAUUGUAACAACUACAUUCCACCACCUUCCCUCCUUAAAGCUGUUCUUGAACACCAAACGGCCAGUGACGUUUCAUCGAUCAGAGUCAAUGGCUUUUGACAAUUGGACUUUUCUGAGUUGGCAUGUUUCCGGGCAUCGUCUGCUGACAGACAGUUUUGAAGUGCACUUUCAACAGCUAAACCUACAAUCAAAUGAGGAGGCACACAGUGGUGUAUAUACUGUGGAGGGCAACACGUUAAAUAUCGACAAUCUCCUGCCAGAAAAGACGUACCAGUUUUCCAUAAGGAGGACCAAGACAUGCAACCAAGUGUACGAUGAGUGGUGCGACAUCAUUACACUGAGUACAAGGGAAGUCUGAGCACCUCCUGCUCCAAAAUGCAUUAGAUGCCUACAAAACACAAGGUGACUCCAAGAACAAUGAAUAAAAGUAAAU